UUUUUCUUUUUUUUCUUUCUUUUCAUUCAGAAAUGGUGCUCGCCGGUAAACUUAGUACUGAACUUGGGAUCAAAACACCCGUCGACAAGUUCUUCAAACUAUUUGCAUCAGAACUUCACGAAGUGCAAAACAUUAGUGAAAGAGUUCAUGGUGCCAAACUUCAUGAAGGUGAAGAUUGGCAUCACAAUGAUUCGGUUAAACACUGGACUUAUGUCAUAGAUGGUAAGGUACACACAUGUCAUGAGAGUAUCGAAGUUGAUGAACAGAACAAAAAAAUCACUUUCAAGCUCUUCGGUGGAGACAUUGAUGAGCACUAUAAGGUCUUUAAUUUGAUCAUUCAAGUAAUUGAUAAUGGUGAUGGCACUGGAGCUGCAAAAUGGACUGUUGAAUAUCAGAAGAUCAAUGAGGAUAUUGACCCACCAAAUGGCUGGAUGGACUUACUAGGCAAAGUCACUCGAGAAGUUGAUGCUCAUCUUGUCAAAGGCACAAAUAUAGCUCUAUAAGUCAUAAAGAAAGUAACAAAUAUGUUGUAAUGGCUUAAGUAUUUAUCUUUAUAAUUAUUGUGAUGUGAUGUAUUGGUAAUACCAUAUGGACUUAUGUUGAUCUUAGUUUGAAUGUGUUGGUUUAAGAGUGUGACUUAAAUUAUGUGAUACAAAUCAAUAAAUGGAUAUUUGUGUUUCUUA